UCCUCUAUAUCCGCCGGACAAUUCUUAUUGGUAGGUGAAAAUGUUACAUCACAAUGAUUAUGACGCGCCGUCUUCCUGUUUCCUUCAGCGGCGUCUUAAAGUGAAUCUUGUUGGUGGGAGCGCGCCUCAGCCGCAGCUCUGCCCUGCUCGUCUCCAAGAGAAAUACACUUUCAGUCCAGAAAGGAGAGCGGCGCAAAAGAGCCUCUCUCCUCCUCUCUGCUCCUCUCUCACGCUCAGCAAGCGUCGCUCCCUCGCUAAGAGAAAUUGCAAUAUUCAUCACCAGGCGAGCAGCCCUCCGUGUCCUUUCUCUUUCAUCAGCGAAGAAGCUCGAUUUUCCUCUCAUUUGGUCCCAGGAUUGUCGAGCUGUGCCCAGCUGACAGGCUUUUGAGGAUGGAGCAAUAGCAGCCCAGUGAUGCCUGACCAUGACAGCGUAGCCCUCUUAAGCAGACAAGCCAAGAGACGAAGAGUUGACAUUGGCGUGAAAAGGACUGUAGGGACAGCGUCUGCGGAUUUCACUCGAGCGAAAGCAGCCGUGUUCAGUGCCAUGAAUCCCCACAGCUCCGAGCAGGACGUCGAGUGUUCGGUGGUGCAGCACGCGGACGGGGAGAAGUCCAACGUGCUCCGCAAGCUGCUGAAGAGGGCAAACUCGUACGAGGAUGCCAUGAUGCCCUUCCCCGGCGCCACCAUCAUCUCCCAGCUCCUGAAGAACAACAUGAUGAAGAACGGCGGCAGCGAGUCCAGCUUCCAAGGAGGUGGGCUUUCCGGCACGGGCUCCGAGAUCCACCAGGAGGACGCUUGCAGUAACUCUUCCCAGGAGUGCCUCUCGCCUUUCGGCCGGCCGGCCACCAGCCAGCUGGAUGUGGAGCGGCUCAGCGACGAGCACCUGAGGGCCAAGCGCGCCCGAGUGGAGAACAUCAUCCGCGGCAUGAGCCACUCACCCAGCGUGGCUGUGCGCACCGGUGAGCAUGAGCGGGAGGGGCCGCCCCAGCCGCCCGGAAGUCCGCGCGAGAGCUACCGCGAGAACAAGCGCAAGCAGAAGCUGCCCCAGCAGCAGCAGAGCUUCCGGCAGCUGGUGUCGGCGCGCAAGGAGCAGAAGCACGAGGAGCGCCGUCAGCUGAAGCUGCAGCUGGAGGACAUGCAGAAGCAGCUGCGGCAGCUGCAGGAGAAGUUCUACCAGAUCUAUGACAGCACCGACUCGGAGAACGACGAGGACGGGAACCUCUCGGAGGACAGCCUGCGCUCCGACAGCGCUGAGCGCCAAGGGCAGGACAUGACGACCGACCGCUCCGACAACGAGAUUUCUGACUUGGACCCCGGGCACUUUCUAGACCGCGCCCGGGCCCUACUGCAGGAGCAGGCCUUGAUAGGCGAGGGCGACAAGCAAAAGCGCGACGGGAUGCGGGCAAAGGGCCAGGGGCCGCCCUCCAUGCACGCGGAAGGGAAACAGCUGGCCGAAACCCUCAAGCAGGAGCUUAACACGGCCAUGUCCCAGGUGGUGGACACCGUCGUGAAGGUCUUCUCCAAGCCCUCGCGCCCGGUUCCUCAGGUCUUUCCACCCCUCCAGUUGCCUCAGGACCGCUUCGCGGUGAAUGGAGAGAACCCCAACUUCCAUACAGCCAAUCAGAGGCUACAGUGCUUCAGUGAUGUCAUCAUUCCCAACCCCCUGGAUUCCUUUGCCAGCCUCCAGGUCUCCAGUUCCAACGACCAGACGGAAGCCUUGCCUCUGGUGGUCCGGAAAAACUCCUCCGACCACCAGUCCUCCUCAGUGGGCCCUCAUGGCACCCACCACCACCCAUCUCUGCACCCAUCCCCGCUGAGUGCUGCUAGCAUGGGCUUCACCUCUCCAUCUUUCCGGCACCCUUUUCCACUUCCUCUCAUGGGGUACCCUUUCCAGAGCCCUUUAGGCGCUCCGUCGACUGGCUACCCCGGCAAGGACAGGUCCUCUCCGGAGUCCCUGGACCUGUCCAGGGAAACCACCAGCCUGCGGACCAAGAUGACUUCCGGUCACCUGCACCACCAUCGUUCCCUCUCGCCAUCGCAUCCAGCCAGUACCACUGAGGGUCUGUCCUUGUCGCUCAUUAAAUCUGAGUGCGGGGACCUUCAGGACAUGUCUGACAUCUCUCCAUAUUCAGGAAGUACAAUUCAGGAAGGGCUUUCACCUAAUCACUUGAAGAAGGCCAAGCUGAUGUUCUUUUACACCAGAUACCCCAGCUCCAACAUGCUGAAGAUGUUCUUCUCUGACGUGAAGAUGAGGCAGCAAGAGGUUGGCGCUCCCGGCAGCCCCCACACCCCUGUGCCCAAUGGAGGUCUCAUCCCUGCAGCCAGGCCGCGUUCUCCCAUCCGAGGGUCCAGGGGUCCACCUUCACAGAGCCUCCUGUUCAACAGGUGCAUCACCUCCCAGCUCAUCAAGUGGUUCAGCAACUUUCGCGAGUUCUACUACAUCCAGAUGGAGAAAUUCGCCCGGCAGGCCAUUGGUGAUGGCGUGACCAGUGCGGAGGAGAUGACCGUGAGCCGUGACUGCGAGCUCUUCCGCGCCCUCAACAUGCACUACAACAAGGCCAACGAUUUUGAGGUUCCGGAGCGAUUCCUGGAGGUGGCGCAGAUCACGUUACGGGAGUUUUUCAACGCCAUCAUCGCCGGCAAGGAUGUCGAUCCUUCCUGGAAGAAGGCCAUCUACAAGGUCAUCUGCAAGCUGGACAGCGAGGUCCCCGAGAUCUUUAAAUCCCCCAACUGUCUGCAAGAGCUCCUGCAUGAGUAAAGACUUAACAUCUAUUCAUUUUUUUUUUCUUCUUCUGUUCCUCUGAACAUAUGAAGUAGCAUUCCUGAGAUGAAGAUAUUUGACUAGACCAGGCUACUUUGGAGCAAGCUAACCUUUCCCUCCUUGAUUCCUUCCUCGGAAAGAAAAAAAACUUUCAGGACCUUUUUUUUUUUUUAUUUUUUACUUGGCGGUGUGAGUCCCGUCCCCCCACCCUCACCCGGGAUGAUUGCCGAUGGGAUGAUCGCUCUUUCCGCAGACACUGGGCAAUCUUAAUCGGUAACCUGCUGAGCUGAAAUUCCCUUUAUUACCGGGAUGGCUCUGUUUCCCUAACAGACACAGAGGGCGUGUGAGGGUUUCAUGUGAAAUAGGGCAUUACAUUUAUAGAUUGUAUAGAUGUAAUUAUUUAUUAUUACUAUUCCCAUCAUCAUGAUUACUAUUAUUAGUCAGGAGGCGUGGCGGCUGAAUGGGUCGAGUCGCUGCCUCAUACCUCCAUGGCUGGGUGUGAAUCUUGCCCCCGCUCUGCGUGUGGAGUUUGCAUGUUCUCCCGUGUCACACAGGUUACCUCCCGCGGUCCAAAGACAUGCAGUUAGACUAAUUUCCAUCCAUAAAUUGCCUGUCGUGUGUGUGUGUGUGUGUGUGUGUGUGUGCGCGUGCGUGCGUGCGUCCUGUCUCAGAGGGGGGGUACGUCUACCAUGUGCCCUAUGCUGCUUGAGAUAGGUUCCAGGGACCCCCCCCCCCCCCC